AAUUGAUGGAUUGUUUCCGGGAGCUGCCUCCCAGGAACCUCAGCCUCGAAAAGCUCCAGUACUACAACGAUGGACUGAAAAUUGCCUAUGCACCGACUCUGGAUGGGAAUUUUCUGACCGAAAAUCCCUUGGUGCUUUUUGAAGCUGGGAAUUUUACCAGUGUUCCUAUCCUAUCCGGGGUGACGAGAAAUGAAGUCACGAUCUGGUAUAUAACCAAUGAGCAGGACAUGGCUAAUGCUCUGGAACCAUUGUUAAGCCUGUUUGCAAGGAACUACGCUGAACAGAAUACGGGAAACCCAUAUGAACCAAUCAAGAACACUGAUCCCAUCUUCCAGGUUGCUAAGAAGUUCUAUAACGCCAAAUACAAGGCUCUGUACGUGGAGGAGCCCGAUAUUGCCAAGCCAAACAUCGAAGCCGUAUCUGCGUUCGUUUCCGAUUCGGACAUCAGGGCUCCACUCCUUCGAGACCUAUGCCACAUCUCUCAGCACUCCAACACCUCCCAAGUCUGGUUCUUCGAGUUUGCCUACUCCAGUAUUGAUGACAUUCGUACGAAAGGUCUCGACUGGAUUGGGGCCUACCAUGAGAGUGAACUUCAAUACAUUUUCGGUGAACCUUUCUUGGACUACAAGAAUACUCUCCAGGGUGACGCAGACAAGAAUGUCAGCCAUCGCAUGAUGGAAAUUGUCACAAACUUUGUCUACCAAGGAAACCCAACACCCAAGAAGGAUGCUAGAUUUGAUCUGCCCUACUGGGAACCAUUCAUGGGCAAACAUUACCCUUACGCCAUUAUUGACGAUUCCCCAAUGCACUUCAGUGAAGAUUAUUUGCAAGAAAGGAUGACGUUCUGGAAUUCAUUCGUCCCACUCUUCAAGAUAUCACCAGGCAUGCAGAAACCAGAAUCAGGGUCUUCACAAUGCACAAUGCAAGACACAAUCACCUCAUCCUCAUCUGAUGUCUACUUUUGGCUCACCUGGGUCCUCAUGUUUUCCUGUGUGAUGUUCAUCUUCUCAACAUUUGCACAAUGGGUGCGUUACAACCAGGCAGAGAGGAAGGCAAAUGGAUUGAGAGAGGAGAUGGACCUUUUCAUCAGUCAAAUUCCAGUCAGAAAACCAGUGUCAGAGCUGACAGACUUCAGCAUUAUUCGAGGGGGAGAUGUCGAGCCCUCAGCCAUGAUGGGGACUCAUGUCUCCCAUCAGACAGAGAAGGAUGGGAGUGACAUCAUUAUCCAAGCAGGCAAAUUUUACAAUGCGAUCACAGCGCUACGAGUGGCGAAACCUGAUCUCUCCUCAGGUCUUCCAUUGAGCGACAGGGAAUUGCACUAUUUGCGGACCAUGGGUUCGUUACGCAUGUCGAUUCAAGCACCUCUUUCCAAUCGCAAUGCACAAAGCCGCCAUGAAAAAAGUCUAGGGUUGUUGACAACCAGAUUUGUUAAGCUGCUGCAAGAAUCACCUGAUGGAGUACUGGAUUUGAAGCAGGCAGCUGAAGUUCUUCAGGUGCGACAGAAGAGAAGGAUCUAUGACAUUACAAAUGUUCUUGAGGGAGUUGGCUUGAUAGGCAAAAGGAGCAAAAACAUUGUGCAAUGGAAAGGAGGUGGACCUGGUUCCAAUUCUGCACAAGUACAGGAGCAGCUCCUUGAUCUCAAGCAGCAGGUAGCUGCUAUGGAAGAGAUGGAGAAAACCCUUGAGUACCACAUGCAGUGUGUCUCCAAGUCUAUUGAAAACAUUCUUGAAGAUCCAAGUAAUCAGGGAUUAUUUUACUUGACUCAUGGUGAUAUGAGGGAGACAUUCAAGGAGAAGACACUUUUCCUGAUCCAAGGACCUUCUGGGACACAGCUGCAAGUCCCACAACUCCCAGUGGAUGAAGGGAAGAAAUACUCCAUGCACUUGAAGAGUGACAAUGGGCCGAUCUCAGUUUUAUAUUUAAAUACAGAUGAGAAGAAUGAGCAUCCCCUUGUCUGCCAUCUUCCCCCUGAAGAUAUGGUUUCAAAACAGGAAGCAUCAAGGAAAUAUGAGAGACCAAGUGAGCUGGUGAUUGAAGACCAGCAGGAAGAAACUCAGACAAAGGAGGUCCAGGUGAAACAUGAAGUUGGACAUCUACAUGUUGACAGUCUGAUAGUGCUGCAACCAUUGGUUCCAUUGAGCCCACCACCUAGUGGACAGGACUACACAUUCAACCUCUCAGAGUCUGAGGGCCUACAUGAUCUCUUUGAUGUGUGGGUGAUGCCAUCAAUGCUUGGUGGGCCCUCAACUAGCAAUGCCACUGCUGCACUCAUGACGAUCCCGCUCGUGUCAUCAGGGGCCACCACUGGACCAAAAGAGAUGUGCUACCAGGGUAUUUCCGGGAUACGCCGCUUUGGGCCUCUAGCGAGUCAACGAAAUCCGUCGAUCCUCCUGCGCGCGCCCAUCAACGUUCGCAAUGUUCACUUCUAUUUGUGCGGUGCG